GAUAUUUAACCGCGGGGUUGGCGGAUUCAUUUCGUUCUCAAACUGGCAACGCAACACAUGAAACAUCCAGUAAUGCGAUUCCAAAGCAGCUGGUUAAACUCCAGAAGAGCGCAGGCUGAUGUGACGGAACUUCUGCAACUCGGCGCCUCAUCAUCUUCACUUUCCACUUGAUGAUUUAUUUCUGUGGGAUCGUGCCGGGCGCGCGUAUCCCCUUUCUCUGCCUUUCGCAUCUUUACGCACUGAAAGUUUGAUUUCAAAAAAGGAAAGAAAAGGAAAAAAAGUGGAGAUGAACAACACCGGGUUCAACCAAACGGAGGGCGGACUAUUCAACAAGACUGAGGAGUUUUUCUGCUGCAACUUUUCGUCCGUGGUGACUGAUAACGGCUUCGUGGCGGCAGCUCCGGAUGAGAGGAGCCUCUUCAUCAUGAGGGUGGUCCAGAUAGCCGUCAUGUGCGUCCUGUCCCUCACCGUGGUGUUUGGCAUAUUUUUCUUGGGCUGCAACCUUCUCAUAAAGUCAGAGGGGAUGAUAAACUUUUUGGUAACGGACAGGAGACCGUCCAAAGAAACGGAGGCGGUCAUUGUUGGAGCCUACUGAUUGAUGAGGACCUUUUGCGCUCUGGUUGCUGUGAUCAGAUGGAGACAAUGCCAUGAUCUACAGCCUCAACGAGGCCUCUGUUUUCAGAUUUAGACCAGAGGAACGGUCACUGUGCAAGAGGUAACCAUGCAGAUGACUGAGGCUCACUUUAUCUCUUGUGGCCUUUUUCUAAAAAGAAAAGAAAAAAAAAUGACAACAAAGACAUUUCCAGGAGGUACUGUGCAUUUGAAGCCUCUUUGUUUAUUAAAUAUUCAAUCACGCACUGUUGUAAUUUCAGUAGUUGCACUUGUUUGUCAAGCAGCAUCCUUUGUCAUUUUGGUGGCAAAGUCUUUGUAUUUGCUGCUUUUGAAAUACUCUCCUGCAAAUGCAAGGGAGAAAUUAAUGUAUAACAUGUGCUGCAUGUUGUGUGUGUUUUUUGCAUACAGCGUGCAUCACUGUGUUCAGUGGAUUUCCUGGUGAUAAGUGUCUGCGUGGGCGGUGGAGGAAGCCCAGCAUGCUGUGUAUCAUGUUAAUUGGAAUAAAUUUAUUCUGUAAUUAAAGGUUUUCUCCUAA